AUGUCUAUGGAAUAUUAUGAACUUGAUUCCAGUCACUAUGUUUCUGCCCCAUUAUUAUUCUGGGAUGGAAUGCUUAAGAUGUUAAAUCAGUCACUUCUUGUAGGCAGUCAGUCACUUUUCGUGGGCAAUCAGUCAUUUCUUGUAAGCAGUCAGUCAAUUUUCAUGAGCACUGAUUAUUUCUUUUCAUAUGCUCUCUUAAUUUACAAGGAUAACAAAAUACCUUAA